AAAAAGUCUCAAGAGGGGCGUGUCGGCAAGAUAAAGCAAUAAAUAUCUUUUCUUUUUAACCUGCUGCCUCGAGACAGAAAUAUACAGUCUGUGUCAGGUAUGUUGCAACUGCAUAGUUUUAUGUGGGUGAAAUCCCUUGACGGGGGAUUUCAUUUCAAAGCUCACACGGGGUUAAGUUACGGCAGCACAGCUCCAUGUUCAACUUGUGGAAAGUCUGUACAGUCGCAUGCAGGCGACCGCUGUCAGAGGACGUCCUCAGUGAUCGACAGAUUAAAUGUCAAGUCGGCGUCAUGCAAAUGCAGUAGCUGGCAGGCCUGGGCUGGGACAGAGAACAUGGCUGAACCACGGCGGGAGAGCACCAGCAGCCUGCAGAGGAAGAAACCUCCCUGGCUCAGGCUGGACAUUCCCACCGCUCAGAUGUCACUGGAUGAGCCUCCCACGUUUGUUCAGCCGGUGAAGAGGCAGGGGUUCCUGCGCAGCAUCAGCAUGCCUGUGGAGACCUCGCACUUCCAGUCGCCGCCCCGCGACCUCUUUGACAUGCGGCGGCCCGUCUUACAGCGCCAGUCGUCCAUCACUCAGACCAUAAAGAGCAGCAGAAGGGUUCACUUUGAGCGGAUUAACACGGUGCCAGUUAAGGGCCAGCGAGCCGCUCGCCGUGGCACCAGGAAGCAUCACUCGCUCUCCAGAACCCUGCUCAGGGGAACAGCUGACUGGUUUGGUGUCAGUAAGGACUGUGACGCCACCCAGAAAUGGCAGCGGAAGAGCCUGCGCCACUGCAGCCUGCGCUACGGGAAACUGAAGCCACAGGUGAUCCGGGAGAUGGACCUGCCCAGCCAGGACAACAUCUCCUUAACCAGCACUGAGACCCCGCCUCCUCUCUACGUCCCCUCCUCUCAGCAUGGCAUGCAAAAGAUCGUGGACCCACUGGCGCGAGGACGAGCCUUCCGCAUGGUGGAGGAGGUGGACGGCUACAGCGUGCCUCAGACCCCCAUCACACCUGGAGCCGCCUCCCUUUGCUCCUUCACCAGCUCCCGCUCAGGUCUCAACCGACUGCCUCGCCGGCGAAAGAGGGAGUCUGUGGCCAAGAUGAGCUUCAGGGCCGCGGCGGCGUUAGUCAAGGGCCGUUCGUUACGGGAGAGCACUCUGCGACGGGCCCAGAGACGGAGCUUCACUCCCGCCAGCUUCAUGGAGGAAGAAUUAAUCGACUUUCCCGAUGAACUGGACACAUCCUUCUUUGCCAGAGACGUUCUGAUGCACGAGGAGUUGUCCACGUAUACGGACGAGGUGUUCGAGUCGCCGUCGGAGGCGGCCAUGAAGGAGGCGGAGCCCAGCGGCAAGAAGGACGAGACGGAGCUGACGGGCAGUGCGCUCGAUAAGACGGAACUGGAACGAAGCCACCUCAUGCUACCUCUGGAACGAGGGUGGCGUAAAGCCAAAGAAGGAACCCCCGGGCCACCGAAGGUGCCGCUGCGGCAGGAAGUGGUGAGCGUCAACGGGCAGCGGCGCGGCCAGCGCAUCGUCGUCCCCGUCAAGAAGCUGUUCGCCCGCGAGAAGAGGCCGUACGGGCUGGGGAUGGUGGGGAAGCUCACCAACCGCACCUACCGCAAACGCAUCGACAGCUACGUCAAGAGGCAGAUAGAGGACAUGGACGACCACAGGCCUUUUUUCACGUACUGGAUCACCGUUGUCCAUCUGCUCAUCACUAUCUUGGCUGUUUGUAUCUACGGUAUCGCGCCGGUGGGCUUCUCCCAGCAUGAGACGGUUGAUUCUGUUUUAAGAAACAAGGGUGUGUAUGAAAAUGUCAAGUUUGUGCAGCAGGAGAACUUCUGGAUCGGGCCGAGUUCGGAAUCUCUGAUCCACUUGGGGGCCAAAUACUCUCCGUGCAUGCGGCAGGACAAGCAGGUGCACGAUCUUAUCAGGGAAAAGCGAGCCGUCGAACGCAACUCCGCCUGCUGCGUGCGCAACGAUCGCUCCGGCUGUGUCCAAACCUCAGAGGAGGAAUGCUCGAGCACGUUAGCCGUGUGGGUGAAGUGGCCGCGGCAUUCCAGCACUCCGCAGUUAAACGGUAAAAACCGACAGCACGGCUCCGUUUGCCAUCAGGACCCCAGGACAUGUCUAGAACCCGCCUCGGUACCACCUCAUGAAUGGCCUGAUGACAUCACAAAGUGGCCAAUUUGCACCAGGUUCAACACAGGGAACCACACUAACCUGCCUCAUAUCGACUGCACCAUCACAGGCCGACCCUGCUGCAUCGGAACCAAAGGAAGGUGUGAAAUCACUUCCCGGGAAUAUUGUGACUUCAUGAAGGGCUACUUUCACGAGGAGGCCACUCUCUGCUCUCAAGUGCACUGCAUGGACGACGUGUGCGGACUGUUGCCUUUCCUCAACCCUGAGAUCCCAGAUCAGUUUUACAGACUCUGGCUUUCACUCUUCCUGCACGCCGGGAUCCUUCACUGCCUGGUGUCUGUGGCGUUCCAGAUGACCAUCCUGAGGGACCUGGAGAAGUUGGCAGGGUGGCUGCGCAUCUCCAUCAUUUACAUCCUCAGUGGCAUCACCGGCAACUUGGCCUCAGCCAUUUUCCUGCCCUACAGAGCUGAGGUGAUGCCCAGUUAUAAACCGGUCAUAUCAGUGCUUUUCAGACUUACCAAGUAGCACCUGAGAAGACAUUGAGCUCUCAAACUAAAACCAUUAUUAUCACCAACGUUAAAAUACAGUCGGAUAAAUAGACCCACAAAAAAGACCCCCAUGUGACAUGAAUUUUGGUCACAUUCUGGACGACAUACUAAAUAAUGACUGUUUUGUCAAACAUGCUUAACUAUGACUUUUUUGUCACAUUUUGGACGACAUACUUAAGUAUGACAAGGCUGUCCUAGAUGGAACUUGAACCCACGAUUCCUGGUUUAGAAGGUUGAUUU